GUUUCAGAUUUUUCGAUAAUGUCGAGAAGAUCACGAAGUCGUUCGAGGUCACCAAAAAGAGAUCGAGAAGAAAGAAAAAGACGUGAGGACAGAGAUCGUGAUCGAGAAAGAAAACGAGACCGAAAGGAUAGAGAGAGAAAACGGAGGCAUCGAAGCUCAUCGUCAGAAGGUUCACAAGCCGAACCACAUCAAUUGGGAAGUAUUUUCAGAGAAGAGAGACGUCGACGAGAGAGAAAUGAAUCUCCAAAACUUCCACCUCCUCCUCCACCACCACCGUCGGAUCCCCCAGUUGACACAAGCAUCCCAUUCGACGUGAGCACUUUGAACGAACCAACUAAAAAAUGGCUGGAAGAGAAGAUUGUUGAGCAGGUAUCGGCUCGUGUACAUCAACUGGAAGCAAUGAUGGCUGAAAAAGCGACAUCGGCAAGAAAUGAGAUGGAAAAGAUGUUGAGAGCUCAAAUCGAAGCAGAAAUGGCAGUAGAAUUGGCGGAAUGCAAGAAACGGGAUGAAGAAUCUCGUAAAAAGUGCAAACAAUUGGAAGCAGAACUAGAAAGAAAAGUUCUGGAAGCUGAAGAAAGUCGCAAGAAAUUUGAGGAAGAUCGUUUGGCAAUGCUUGAGCAAAAGAGCCAAUUGGAACGAGAUCGUGCUGAACUUGCACGUCAGAAAUCGGACAUGAAAAAGAAUGAGCAGCAGGCGAUAUUGAACAAAUCAGGCAACUCUCGGGCUCCGAUUAAAUUCAAAUUUGGGAAAUGAGCACAAGAUGAACAAAUCGCCUGUGCACCUGACUUUACCUCGCCGAUCUCUUCACUCACUUCUUUCAGAGUUUAUUAUUUUUUGUUUAAUGAAGCCACUUUAAAAUUUAAUUGUCUUCGCUUCAAAAUUUCGUAAAACCAAAUAAAAAACUUUGUUAUUUAUUA